ACAUUUCAACCAACCAUACAGUAGUAAACACACUGGAAGUCUCUAUUUACACCAUUCUGCUUGUAAUGCAUCUCAUGUGUAAUGUUACAUUGCUAACAUUCUAAACUAUUUAUUUAGGAGACCUUAACUGAGCUAAAUGGAGGAAGAAAACACAGUCAAGCUCUUAAUCAAGGCAGUUCAGCACGGAGAGCUGUGCACAGUCAAACAACAUCUUAAUGAGCUCGCCGACAACAAACAGACAGUCAUUUACACUCAUUUCGGGAAAUCUGGAGAUACCGUACUCCACUAUGCGGCCAGACACGGACAUGUAGACAUUUUACGUUAUUUGGUUGAAGAGCUCAACAUGGAUAUUGAAGUGUACAACAGCGACUAUAAGCGAGCUCUGCACGAGGCUUCCUCAAUGGGUCAUUAUGAGUGUGUGCGGUUUCUCAUAUGCAGAGGAGCGAAAGUAGACAGUCUGAAGAAAGCAGAUUGGACCCCUCUUAUGAUGGCCUGUACCCGACGAAACCUCGAGGUCAUCCAGGAGCUGCUGGAUUACGGUGCCGAUCCAACGCUGCAGAACAAAGAUGGAUGGAGCUCAUUCCACAUCGCCUGCAGAGAAGGAGAUCCAGCCAUCAUAAACCACCUCCUCCUGGCCAAACCUGACAUCUGGAAGACAAAGAGCAAGACUGGCAGGACGCCCCUCCACACUGCUGCUAUGCAUGGCUGUGAGGAUGCAGUGAAGAUCCUGCUUCAAAGGUGUUGUUACGAGCCUGAUGAAAAGGACAGUUGUGGAGUCACACCAUUUAUGGAUGCCAUAAGAAAUGGGCACAUAGCUGUUGCUAAACUGCUUCUCGAGGAUCACCAGGCAUCUCCCUCAGCAGUAGAUAUUCUCGGCGCACAGCCCUUACACCAGGCCUCUGUCACUGCUCAAGAAGAAGCGCUUUCCUUUCUCGUUCAUCAUCUUGGCAUGGAUAUAAACUCAAGAGCCACAAAACUGGAGCUGACUGCAUUGCACUACGCUGCUAAGGAAGGUCACACGAGCACCAUAAAAACACUGCUCGCCCUGGGCGCCGAUCUACACGCAAGAGAUGCAAAAGGCAGAUCAGCUCUACAUAUGGCCUGCAUUGGUCAGCACGUGGAUACCGUUCGGAUGCUACUGCAGAUGGGACUCACGGAUACUGAAGACAACACAGGGAACACAGCAAGACAGUAUGCCAUAAAGCCUCAUAUUAAAGACGUGUUUGAAAAUCUUGCAACCUAAACGCUGUGACAAGUGGAUCAAUCGUUACUUUAAAAUAAUAAUAAUAAGUAAAAACACAAACUGCAAAAUAAAGAUCAUGUGGGG